AUGAGUGUGGUGACGGAUUUGGUGUUCGCGCUGUUGAAGCGCGAAGCGGAGGAGCCGGAUACUGAGGAGCCUACCGAUCCCGGCGAAUCGGAAAUAAUAUCAUCAUGGGCGUUAUUUAUCCAGGUAUCGCUACUGAUAUUAGCACUGUUCUGCAGUUACUACCUGCAGCUGAAGAAGAUACAGGCGGUACACGAGACUGUGGUGUCGAUUUUUGCGGGUAUGUUCGUGGGGCUGUUAAUCAGGGUCACUCCUGGUGACAAUAUUCAAAACCUUGUCAAAUUCGACUACCAGAUCUUCUUCAAUGUACUUUUACCACCGAUUAUUCUCAACUCGGGUUAUGAGCUACAUCAAGCGAAUUUCUUCCGGAAUAUAGGUUCGAUUUUGACGUUUGCAUUUGCUGGGACUUUCAUUUCGGCAGUAGUUCUAGGAACCAUAGUAUUCAUCUGGUCCUGGGGGCCUCUAGAGACGCUUGAUAUCUCAUACGUUGAAGCUAUUGCGGUUGGCGCGACCCUUUCCGCGACGGACCCUGUUACUAUUCUCGCUAUAUUCAACACAUAUAAAGUGGAUCCGAAGCUUUAUACUGUGAUUUUUGGAGAGAGUAUUUUGAACGAUGCAGUUGCUAUUGUUAUGUUCGAGACCGCUCAACGUUUCCACGGAGCUGGACAUGGACCAGCAAGUGUUGGAAGUCUGUUCAAGGGUAUCGGUAUUUUCUUCAUUGUCUUCACCGUGAGUUUAUUGAUUGGGGUCUUUAUCGGCAUCGGAACGGCUUUAUUAUUGAAAUAUACAUAUAUUCGGAGAUUCCCGAAGAUCGAGAGUUCCUUUAUCCUCCUGAUAGCAUAUUCGUCGUACCUUUUUUCGAACGGAUGUCACAUGUCUGGGAUCGUAUCACUACUAUUUUGCGGUAUCACACUCAAACACUACGCUUAUUACAACAUGUCCCGCCGAACUCAGCUCACCACUAAAUAUCUCUUCCAAGUUCUCGCUCAGCUUUCCGAGAAUUUCAUCUUCAUUUACCUCGGCCUUUCACUCUUUACUGACACCCAGCUUGUCUUCCGCCCUCUCUUCAUCCUCGUCACUACAAUCGGUAUCUGCGUUGCUCGCUGGGCUGCAGUAUUUCCUCUCUCUAAACUCAUCAAUUUUGUCAUUCGCUCCCGUGCAAGAGCACGCGGGCAAACCGUGGCUGAUGAACUCCCGCACUCGUAUCAGGCGAUGCUCUUUUGGGCCGGACUUCGUGGAGCUGUCGGCGUAGCCCUCGCUGCCGGUAUCACGGGCGAGAACGGGAACCCACUCCGCGCAACAGUCCUGGUCGUCGUCGUGCUCACUGUCAUCGUCUUUGGCGGUACUACAGCUCGAAUGCUUGAGAUUUUAGGUAUUCGUACAGGCGUAGUGGAAGAAAUAGAUUCUGAUGAUGAGUUUGAUAUCGAGACCGUUGGUCCCUACUUUAAGUCUCCCCGUGGAGGCAUGGGCCCCAAUUCUGUCCCCCUCUCCAAUGUUGACAGCGGCAUCUACGCCUCGGGUCAACGGGGUGUCUCCCCAGACACACAAGAUACACCGCUUGGUAGGCGCGGCCGACGGGAGCCGGAGCUUCUGCGUACAGACUCGAAUGAUAGCGAUGCUGAUAGUGAUAUCGAUGACCUGCCACCUAUGAUACCGACUACCGUACGCCCCCGUGGGGCAUCCAUAACUAGAACUGCAAGUGCAAGUGCAAGUGCAAGUGGGAACGGCGAAGGUAGCAGUACUCAGGCGCAAACGCAGCCACAUGCUGCAAGCAUAGGCAUCACCGCUGGUAGUGCGUUCAAUAGCUUAACAGGUAUAUUUUCGGGAACUAGCGAGGACCAGGCCGAGUGGUUCCGGAAACUGGAUGAGGGUUACAUCAAGCCUACACUGCUACUGGACCCGGGGAAGGGUAAUGGGGGCGGAAACGGUUAUAGGGGCCCAGGGGCUGUUUAA